GCCGUGCGCGUGAUCUCCUGAAGGCUCUUGCGAUUUGAAUGCUCCAACACAGCCCGAUAUGUACUGCUUCACGUAUGCAUCAGCCGUCUGCUGGUGUGGUAGGAGUCUCGGCUUCUUGGUGUCCGACGGGCCAGAGCACUGCUCCAUGUCCCAGCAAUACUCGCUCGUCACCGGGCUGUCGCAUGGCCUGAUCACAUCCAGUGUGCGUGGAGCGCAUGCAUGGAGAGGGUCGUUUAUGACGUAGCUGACCUCAGGCAGCAGCGUGUAUGGCUUGUGGCGAGGCGCUCUCACGGCCUGGUCGUUGGUAGUCGGCAGCAGGUUGGUCGCCAGGCUAUUCGACAUCAGGCUCGGAUGGCCCUGGCGAGCCAGCGUGUGGCCCUUGGGCUGCCGCUGCCGCUCAUGGAACCGAAACAAUCCGUCUGUCGGAUGCACACACAAUGACAAGACACACACAGAUCAGAAAGAGCGACAGGACAUUGAGGCUCUCUGCCUGUCCGUCCGUUGAGCCCCGUGUGUGUGUCAUGGAUGCUCACAGUCAGGUUGCUGCGAUCGACUCCUUCCGGCUCGUCCGGAGGCUUGACGGGAUACUUCGGUCCGUAGCCGUACACCAAAGUCAUCGCUACAGUCAGCUGAAUGUAAGCCAAGGGAAGACACAGAUGGAUGCCAUGGUCGUGUGGUUGUGCAGAGUGGGUGGUGCCUGACCUGCUAUGCGGUACUGCUCUGUAUGCGAUUCCUCUCGGUUGAGGAUGACGUGACCGUACUUGACCGUCACUCCACUGCACCACUGACUGACCUGUCGUCUUCCUUUGCCACCUCCUGCUUGGGCACAGCGGCAGGUGUGGCGGGUGGUGCUGCCGGGGCCGCCUGUGCCUUGCUGGCUGCCUUCUUGAGCUCAUCCUGCAGCUGCUUGUACAUGACCUCUCGCUGGAACAAAGCAUUCUUCAACCUAUCAUCGGCUGCACAGAGAGGGACAAUCCACAGGUCCCGUGCGUGACGCACAGGCACACUCAGAUUGUUUCUUGCUUACGAGAUGCUGUUGAAGGAUCUCUGGCCACGAGCAUUGUGGUGGGCUGGGACGACUGCACACACAAAGAACAGAAGAGAUGAUGGAAGCGAAUACAUCAUGUCCGUGUUGUCUGCCUGUAGAUGUGUGUCGGUGCUGACCCGUUGCUUGUGUGCAUUGCUGCCGGUGCGCUCAAGCAGAGAUGGGAGGGGCCCCUGCUGCAACCACGGGCACACGAACAGCGCACAGGGAGAGAGAUGAUCUGCAGUCAGAUCUUUUCAGAUCUCUCUUGCAUGGCGGCUUACCUGGAACGCCUCCGCGCUGACGAUGGCAGAUAAAGCCAAGAAGCAAAGCGUCGUGGGAGACACUCAGAUCUGUUUCCAGCUCGCAAUGACGGCUAAGCUCGCAGGCGAUUGUUGGAGAAGGGGGGAGGACAGGCAAACGACAAUGCAUUCACCGUGGCUGUUCCUUCUUCUUUACUCUGUCAU